AUGAAACUGCUCACCCACAAUCUCCUGAGCUCGCAUGUGCGGGGCGUGGACAUGCGUGGCUUCCCGCUGCGGCUGCAGGCCACCGAGGCCCGCAUCAACCCCGUGGAGUUCAACCCCGACUUCGUAGUGCAGAUGAUCCCGAAAGUGGAGUGGGUGACGCUUGUGCAGGCAGCAAACACCUUAAACCUGACCGAAGUACCCAAAGAGCCGACUGAAGGUUAUCAACAAGACGAGACGUUUUUGAGGAAGAUGCACCAUGUGUUGCUUGAGGUUGAUGUGCUAGAGGGCACCCUGCAAUGCCCAGAAUCUGGCCGUCUUUUCCCCAUCAGCCGUGUGAUCCCCAAUAUGCUGCUGAAUGACAAGGAGACUGAGACUUGUUAG